AUGACUUCGGAUUUUUCCGCCAAAUCUAGAAAACGCAAAUCCGUUUCUUCUGAGAUUAAUUCAAAUGAUGGAAAAAAGAAGAAAAUUGACAAUGGUGACGCGCGAUUUAAAAAAGGCAAUAAUAAUAAAAAAUUGAAAGACGAAGAUUCACUAAGUAGUGAAGAGAUCAGUUCGGAUGACUUGGGUUUUGAAAACGAAAGUGAUCAAGAAAUCCUCAGUGACGAAGGAGAAAACGAAACACCAACUGAAAAGAGACUUAGACUUGCCAAAAAAUAUAUUGAAACUAUUAAGGAAGGAUUAG